GGAGAGGUACUAAAAUAAAGAGAGAUCUACUAUAUGGCCAUACCAGAAUAUGGUGAAAAAGGAAAGUGGAUGAGGGGCCUUACAGUCUUGCUUUAACAAGUUACAUUUAACACAGUCCGUAAGCACGGAGUGCAGUGUGCAGUGUAGAGAGUGCACUCAGGAAGCAUUGAUUUCCGUUUUAUACCCAAAUCCUGAUCGUUGCAUUGCAUUCUAAGUAGACUGCACUCUAUAGCUUCCUUCUCGGAGUGUUUCUCUCUACAAAGGGUAGCUGCUAUCAUGUUCUCGCUUUUCUUGAACUCCGCUUCGAAAUGCGGAACGCUUCUAACAACUAUCCUAUACUUCAUCAUCUGUUCCCUAUUCGCAUCUUCCACCACCGCAUGCUCUAACGGAAACUGCCAGGUUCUGGAAGCUUGCUCAGCCGCUACCGACUGUGGGUCCGGUCUCUACUGCGGCAAUUGCCCCGCUUUGGGCCUGACCCGGCCCAUCUGCACCAGAGGCCAAGCCACCGUUCCCACAUCCAUCGUGAAUGGCUUGCCCUUUAACAAGUACACUUGGAUAGUAACCCACAAUUCCUUCAGCAUCGUGGAUUCACCGCCUUUGCCUGGUGUUCAGAGAUUAACAUUUUACAAUCAAGAAGACACUGUGACUAAUCAAUUGAGGAAUGGAGUGAGGGGACUGAUGCUGGAUAUGUACGACUUCCAGAAUGAUAUCUGGCUCUGUCAUUCGUUCCGAGGGCAAUGCUACAACUUCACUGCAUUUCAACCUGCUGUAAAUACUUUGAAAGAGGUGGAAGCAUUCUUGACGGAAAAUCCAACUGAGAUUGUCACCAUCAUAAUUGAAGACUACGUGCAUACUCCAAAGGGGUUGACUAAUCUAUUUGCAAGUGCUGGACUGGAUAAGUACUGGUUCCCUCUGUCAAAGAUGCCAAGAAAGGGUGAUGAUUGGCCUAAUAUAACGGAGAUGAUACAAGCGAAUCACCGGCUUAUUGUUUUCACUUCUGAUGCAUCAAAGGAAGCUGAAGAAGGAAUAGCCUAUCAGUGGAAGCACAUGGUUGAAAAUGAGUCUGGAGAUCCUGGCAUUCGAAAGGGUUCUUGUCCACAUAGAAAAGAAUCAAAGGCACUAAAUUCUAGAAGUUCAUCACUUUUCUUGAUGAAUUACUUUCCGACGUAUCCAGUUCAAGCUGAGUCGUGCAAAGAGCAUUCAGCUCCACUAGCAGAGAUGGUUAAUACAUGUUACAAAGCUGCAGGGAAUGUGCUACCCAACUUCAUAGCUAUUAACUUUUACAUGAGAAGUGAUGGAGGUGGUGUCUUUGAUAUUACGGAUAGAAUGAAUGGCCAAACAUUGUGUGGGUGCAAUACAAUCACUGCAUGCCAGGCUGGAGCACCCUUUGGUUCUUGCAACAAUAUUUCUGCACCAAGUACAAAUCCAGGGAGCAAUACUUCUGGAAGCUUUUCUGGAUCUGUUCAGUUCUCUGAAUCAGCUUCAGCAGUCUAUUCACCUAAUUGGUUACUUCUCAUUUCCCUUGCUUGCUACACUCUUGUUACAACUGUUAUGAAUAAGUAUUAUCAUAUAUGAUGUUCACAUUAGUCGUUCAAGAGGAACUUUAGUAAUAUAUUAGAAUCUAUGCUGUUGUUGUAAUGCCUCAAGCUGAAAAAUGUCAUGGAACUGUUGUUAGGUUAGAAAUUAGACAAAAGAAAUUUUUUUUACUGCCGGUUGCCAAGGCUAUACUCAAGGAUCUAUAAAGUCAUGUGAGGUAGAUAUAGUCAAGAGGGAGCAAGAGUUCAUAUGUAGCUGUAUGCAGUUAAUAUAUUGUAUUGGUAGCAGUCAAACUCAAAUUCUAUAUAUAUUAUGUAUAUUGCAACUUGUAUUUA